AUGUUCGCUUGCUCACCUCGUUCCGACCCUCCCCAAAAGAGUGCAGAACAAGCAUCGACAUCAAGCACAGCUCCCACAAAUGGUGUAACACUUGAAAAACCCAAUCUCAAAAUCGGUUUUAUCAAGCUCACCGACAUGGCUCCACUUGCCAUUGCUCUUGAGAAAGGAUUUUUCAAAGAAGAAGGUUUAAAUGUCCAACUAGAAGCACAAGCCAAUUGGAAGGCAAUUCUUGAUCGAGUUGUCACGGGUGAAUUCAUCUCCAUCAUCGGUCAUUCGGGCUGUGGCAAAUCCACCAUUCUUAACAUUGUGGCAGGCUUGUAUCAAGCCACCACUGGUGGUGUCAUUUUAGAUGGACAAGAAGUGAAUCAACCAGGUCCUGACCGUGCUGUGGUUUUUCAAAACCAUGCUUUAAUGCCAUGGUUGACCGUCUAUGACAAUGUGGCUUUGGCG